CCCGGAGCUCUCGGCCAGCUUUGUCGGGCGGCCUAGCGAGCGCGCCAGGCCCGGCUGGAGCGAGCCCCAGUGCAGUACUGCCCGAGCCCGGGCGGGGUCUCUGUUCUCUGGCAGAGGAGGUCCCUUGGCAGCGGGAAGCUCCCUCUCUUUCUCUCGCCGCCGCUCGGAGUCUGCGCCCUGCUGCCAGGCGCCCAGCUCGGCGCUCCCCUGUGCUCGCCCGGCGCCCACUCAUUCGCAGCCCAGCCUUCGCCGCCGCCGCCGCCGCCUCCCUGCUCCUCCUCCUCCUCGCCCCAGCCCGCCGCGGCCAUGGCGGACAGCGCCAGCGAGAGCGACACGGACGGGGCGGGGGGCAACAGCGGCAGCUCGGCCGCCAUGCAGUCGUCCUGCUCGUCGACCUCGGGCGGCGGCGGCGGCGGGGGAGGCGGCGGCGGGGGCGGCGGCGGCGGUGGGAAGUCGGGGGGCAUUGUCAUCUCGCCGUUCCGCCUGGAGGAGCUCACCAACCGCCUGGCCUCGCUGCAGCAGGAGAACAAGGUGCUGAAGAUCGAGCUGGAGACCUACAAACUCAAGUGCAAGGCGCUGCAGGAGGAGAACCGCGACCUGCGCAAAGCCAGCGUGACCAUCCAAGCCAGGGCUGAGCAAGAGGAAGAAUUCAUCAGUAAUACUUUAUUCAAGAAAAUCCAGGCUUUGCAGAAGGAGAAAGAAACCCUUGCUGUAAAUUAUGAGAAGGAAGAAGAGUUCCUCACUAAUGAGCUCUCCAGAAAAUUGAUGCAGUUGCAGCAUGAGAAAGCUGAGCUAGAACAGCAUCUGGAACAGGAGCAGGAAUUCCAGGUCAACAAACUGAUGAAGAAAAUUAAAAAACUGGAGAAUGAUACCAUUUCUAAGCAGCUUACAUUAGAACAGUUGAGACGAGAGAAGAUCGACCUUGAAAAUACUUUGGAACAAGAACAAGAAGCACUAGUUAAUCGUCUCUGGAAAAGGAUGGACAAACUUGAAGCUGAGAAGCGAAUCCUGCAGGAGAAGUUAGACCAGCCGGUCUCUGCUCCUCCGUCGCCUAGAGACAUCUCCAUGGAGAUAGACUCUCCAGAAAACAUGAUGCGCCACAUCAGGUUCUUAAAGAAUGAAGUGGAGAGGCUGAAGAAGCAGCUGAGAGCCGCUCAGCUACAGCAUUCUGAGAAAAUGGCACAGUAUCUGGAGGAGGAACGUCACAUGCGGGAGGAGAACCUGCGGCUGCAGAGGAAGCUGCAGAGAGAGAUGGAGAGAAGGGAAGCACUCUGUCGACAGCUGUCCGAGAGCGAGUCCAGCCUGGAAAUGGAUGACGAAAGGUAUUUUAACGAGAUGUCUGCACAAGGAUUAAGACCUCGCACUGUGUCCAGCCCGAUCCCUUACACACCUUCGCCAAGUUCAAGCAGGCCUAUAUCACCCGGUCUAUCAUAUGCAAGUCACACAGUUGGCUUCACGCCACCGACUUCACUGACAAGAGCCGGAAUGUCUUACUACAAUUCCCCGGGUCUUCAUGUGCAGCAUAUGGGAGCCUCCCAUGGUAUCACACUCACGUGGGGACUCGGACAGUGGAGCCGCCUGCUCAACGCCAAAGGCUUCCUUCCCUGGCAGUUCUGGAUCUGACUUAUUUGCACUGACGUUAUCUAGGCUUCACUAUUAAUUGUGUUGUAAGUGUUUGUCAGAAACGCAGCCAGUGUUGUGUGUCUGCAACACUACACAGACGACUUUUUUCCAUCAGUGUUCUACUUGAAUCUACGUGUACGUCCAUUCCCUGGCUGGAACAUUUGCUAUUCGAUAUUUGGUAAUUCAGCAGCAGCGUGCAAUUUUUGCUUGGCCCCAGAGCUUCAUUUUCCUGGCUUUUAGGUUUGUAAAAUAAAAAGGGAUAUCUUUUUUAUAUUUUUUUUUCAUGAAUUUGCAGAAAAUUACUGAGCUGAUCCUCCCCCUUGCCCCCCGCCCCCGCCCCCAUUAUAAUGGUGUUUACCAAACGUAACCCAUAUUUCAGCACUACAGUUCCGACCUUUGAAAAUCUAGCCUUCCGUGUAGAAUGGAAAGCUAGAUGGAUCAGUGCCCGAGACAAUGUGCUCUGGCCUAGAGCCUUCUACAGAUACACUUUGUGUAGGUUAUUUUCAGUGUCAACAUCCACGCCUCCUGUGAAACAAGACAGCCUAAGUCAUGGACCGCGUGGCUCUACCUUUUCCACAUCCAGGUGGGGUGGACAACUGAUGUGUAUUCAGGUGUGAUUCUUUCCUUAUCUUUAGUGGUAAUCUCCCCAACCCGGCCCCUCUAACACCAGUCCAUAAAUGCUGUCCUGCCCACCAGUGGUUCUGAUGGCCAAUUAGAACACACGCUCUUUGAUUUCUGCUGCAGAAGGCAACGUGAUUGUAACAAAAACAGCUAUCUUCCCCUUCCCGUUCUUCGUGUUCCCCUAAAAUAGAGUUUGAACAAAUAUUUUAAAGGUGCAAAAUACUAUUAGAAAGUACUAUUUGAAAUGAACAUUAUAGGAAUAUCUUGGCAUAGCGGCCUCAGAAUACUUUAUUGCUUGGCAGAAAAGAAAAGAGGUGAGAAGACGGUAGCACAUGAGCAUCGAUGAGCACUUGUGUUGCCCAGUAUAAGCAAGUGCAGUGUACAAACAAGUAUACUCUGAAUACAUUAUUUCCAUUCAUUUAGCACAAAUAAAUCAUUUGGUUUCACUUGGAAGUGGAACACUGUGAGUCACUCUUUUCUUAAUACUUGCAACAUCUUUAUUUUUGCUUUUCAGCAGUUACUGUUUUGUACUUUGGUAGUAAAGUGAUUUUUACCACCUGUGUUUGCAUAUUUAUAUAUGCUGUGGACGAAAAUAACUUACUAGAGAAUGUAUAUUUUAUGAUGAGAAUGUGUAUCUGUUGGAUAUAAUCAGAGAACUGAAAAUUAAUUUAUCGGUAAUUUUUAAGAGUCCAUGUUUUGUGACACCCAUCUCUAAUAGCUAGCUCUUUAUUGAACACACUCCUAAAAAUAAGGAACCGUGACAUUGUAGAUAUUUAAUAGUGUACAGUAUAGAGACUUCCAUUUUUGCCUUCGAAUGCAUAUUUAAGAAUUACAGAAUGAAACAAGUCUUGUUGGAUAAUAGUGUUUGACUAGCAUUUUAAGAACUCGAGAGUAAAAGCAACAAUAGGAUUUUUCACCUCUUCCUGCUUUCACCCCUGAACUUCACUCCUCAAUUGGUCUAUAUAAAUUUUAUUUAUAAUGUGUAUGUAAUAUACAUAAUCAUAGUACAGUUCUCAGAUAUGGGGAACAAGUUUGGCAUUUAAUUAUUGAGGCUUUAGAUUUUUAAUUCGAUCGGACGGGGUCUUAGCAAACCCAGGGAUCUCACCAACAGCCUGCCGUCCCUCCUGGUACAUUGCCAUUCCGAGGAAUUCUGAGAGGAGGCAAACAAAUUUUGCCUUCAUGGUACAGUUCUUGGUUUUUCUCAUAGGAGAAAUAUGGUCUAUGUUUACAAGAAUCUUUCGCGAGAUGAUAGAAUUCAAUGCUGUUGGGAUAGUGGCUUGCACUCAAAUGAGAAAGUCCAUAAUGUAAUGAGCUUCCCUCUGCUUCCUGUCAAUUGAGUUACCUCCCGAAAGCACAAAAGUCAAAACAUUGCCAUAUGGUGAAUGAAAAAGCACUUGGCGUGAGCAAACCGUUCCUGAUAAAUGCCUUCUAGAAAUAGGUUCUUGACUUUCAGACUUUGCAGAAAUGUAGUGCUGGUUCCCCUAGUCAUUUCAUUUCAAAAUAAAACACAGCUCCUUCAAACAGCACUUUUUCAACAUAAAUCUAGUUGCCUCUCCCUGCCGACAUUCAGAAUUGAUAGAACAAACACUACUAUUUUGAGUCUGUGCUGUUUCAUGCCCUUCUAAAGUGGUUUCUGACCCUGUGUGGAGCCUGUCACACAUGGGCAGGAUACCUGCCAGGGCCGUUCUUGGUGAUGGUCUAGCCACCAGGGACCCAUAAAAUCCAGACCCCGAGCCCUUGGAGGCAAGAGCCCCUUCAUCCAUGGGAAGCUGACUUACCUCGGGCUCUUCUCACGGGGGCUGACUUUGGUUACUGCCAUUCCUGCGGCCCACGUGCUCAGGGUCACCCUGGACCGACUUCCCGAAGGAAGGCCUCUAAGAUCAGGAGCUGUCCCGGGAGCAACAGUAGCUUCCUUUCCCUGUCUUGCUGACAGAGACCCUUGGCUACCACUGUGCUGCUAAUAGGAUAAGUACUCUGUUGCCAGAUUACCAUGCCUUUUAUACAAAACCAAAUUAACUUAUCUAAUACCUGACACCUCUCUGGGCUCUGAAUUGCUUUCUCUCAUCAAGCAUGCUGGCAUUUCUGGACAGAAUUCUAGAAAUUUGGCAGAUGAUGGAAGUAUUUAAGAUGUAAUUCAACUUACUCCUUUGUUAAUUGAAGGGAGUUUUAAAUUCUGAGCUCCUGAGAUACUGACCACAACCGUGGGAUGAAUGCGCGACCAGAAUGUGGCUUUGACACCAAGUGCUGCCGCUCCUUUGUAAUUGGCUUCUAACUGAUUUGACCAGAGAUCAUUGAUAAUGUGAAUUUUUGUUAACUGUUCAAUUGUAGGAAAAUAGACUAUGUAUCGCCCUUUGUUAGGUAGACAUGAACUUUUCCUGCACGAAGCCUUGCUUAUAGAGGAUGCCCAAUAAGGCGAGAACAAGCAUCGUAACUUGUGCUUCAAGAGCGCAAUAUUUUUCUCUUACCAGUACAGAAGAAUCAUUUCUGUGUAACUUGAUCUUCUGUCCAGUACUUGUCUUUUAGGUAACCAACACUGACAACUUUGUAGUGGUAACUACCAAAGAAAUACAUAGUAAAAGAAUCUUUUAUUUCCAAAUUUAUUAAAGAGCCAGCCAUUGACGCUGCUACAUGAGUUCCAUGCUCAAGAGCCAUUGUAAGAGAUUAAGGGGUUUUUAGGUUUUCGUUUCUGGGUGGUUGUUUUUUUUUUCUACCUUUUUUUUUUUUUUUUUUUUUAAACAUACACACACAGCUGUUAGCAUGACAUUAUGGGGAGCAUUUUCCAGAAUGCUCAGCAGUCGUGGUUUACUGCCAAGCCCUGGUUGCCUCUCGGGAGGCGGUAGAAGGAAUCCUACGUUCGUGAUAGCGCGGGCGCUGUGUGUGUGCACGUGUGUGUGUGCAUUCAUGCCUUAACUCGGGUUACUGCUCAACUUCAGUUCUCGACUCGGUCUGCACCAUCAUCGAGAUUGUAUUGUACAUCUUGAUCUGAACUUCAUCCUGGCAAAAACAAGGUUGCAGGCACAACAGUUUAAGAAUGCAUUCCUCUGGAAGAGUUUUUGGUCAGGUUGACCUUGAGCCUUUGGACUUUAUUUGGGACUUAGCAUGGAAAGCAAAAGUGGACCGUCAAAUGGGAAGACAUCAGCAAGGAAGAGAGGAGAGCCCAGUGCUAGCAUGUCUUUUGCCUCUGCAUCUCCGUGCACACUGUGUGUUGUUCAUGAUAGCUUGUUUACAACUUGACUAUGUUGGAGUUCUGGUAAUAGUGGCAAUCUUGACAUUGGUCAGAGUUUAGAGAGAUGUAAGACUUCCAAUUAAUGUCUUAUUUACUUCUUUAUGUUGAUUAGUCUUUGAUACAUGUGCUGAAUCUGAAACCUAAAUAAAGAUAAUUUUUUAAAAUGCA